AUCUGCCAGUACCAGAACUCAAUCUAAAAUAACCCCAAAAUGUAAAUGGUCACUCGUUGGGUAUGUUUAUGCAGCACGGAUGGUUGUCGUUCACAGACACACAUACUGCCAGUCUUAGAGGAAUGAAGAAAAAUCUAUAUUUACAAAAUAGUUCGUUUAACAUAUUAGCUUAGUCGUAAAGGUUUCACAAUUUCGUGAACCCAUCGACAUGGCAUCUACUUUGCUUUAUGCUGUUUUCUUAUCCGUGGUUGUUGCUUCGUUUGCUGGCGACAAAGUCAUUCGCAUUAUCCCUGGAAACUCAAAUGAACUUGACUUUCUCUCAUCUUUGGAAGGCAAACGGGAAUUGGAGCUCGACUUCUGGAAGGCCCCUCACAGGCCGGGUCUGGCUGUGGACAUUCACCUGACAGAUGCAGCGUACAAGACUGUUGCCAAGUUACUUAAGGAACAAAAUAUCAGGUUUCAAAUUCUAAUUGUUGACGUCGACAAAUUGAUGGACGACGAAAACGAAUUGCAAAAGCGUGGCAUGUCUUUUAGCUUUUACAGCCGAUAUCAUCCUUUGAAUGAGAUUGACGAGGAGCUGAGAAACCUUGCUAACCAACAUGCAGAAAUGGCCAACGUUUUCAAUUUGGGAAGAUCUUUUGAAGGACGCCAACAGCAGGCAAUUAAGCUGAGGGGAAGACGUAGACCAGGCAAGAAGAUCUUUUUCAUGAACUGUGGGAUUCACGCCCGUGAAUGGGUGUCUCCAGCGACGUGUAUGUACAUCAUCAAACAAAUCGUCUCCAGAUAUGGCCGAGACAGUAGCGUGACCGAAAUGUUGGACAAGAUGGAUUUCGUUAUCAUGCCUGUUCUAAAUGUUGAUGGUUACGUUUUCACUUGGAAUCCAAGUAACCGUAGGAACAGAUACUGGAGAAAGACACGUAAACCCAAUAAGAGCAGCAGAUGCUUUGGAACUGACCCAAACAGAAACUGGGAUUACAUGUGGGGAUAUCCAGGAGCCAGUUCAAACCCAUGUAGUGAAUCCUUCAGAGGAACACACGCAUUUUCCGAAAUAGAAGUGAGAAAUGUAGCGGAUUAUUUAAAGGCACUGAACGAAAAUGGCCAAAUAGCGGGCUAUAUGGACAUUCACGCUUACAGUCAGUUAUGGAUGACCCCGUGGGGGUAUACUGCACGGAAAACCAAAGACCACGAGGAACUGAUGAGAGUUAGCAAAGCUGCAGUAAACGCCAUACGAAAUGCUGGUUAUGGCACCUAUUAUAGAUACGGGCCAUCUUCCGUCAUCAUAUACCAAAAUUCUGGAGGUAGCAAGGACUACACAUAUGGAGCGCUGAAGAUCAAAUAUUCAUUUGCCUUAGAAUUGAGGGAUACAGGACGUUACGGUUUCCUGUUACCAGCGUAUCAGAUUGUUCCCACAGCGAUGGAGACGUUUGAAGGUAUCAAAGCGAUGGCCAGAGAAAUGAAAGUGUAGCAAGUCUGCUGGACUAUAUGUUUGUGAAGCAAGAUUAAAAGAAAUAGAAUAAUCUAAUAAAAGCUGUUGCAAAGGGAAAACGA